CCGGACGCCAGUACCAGACAUUCGCUCGCUGGGAUCGCUCUACGCUCUCGCUCGUUCCGCUGUGCUUCGAUAUCUCUUGAACAGACAAAUAACUACGACAAUGAUAAGUUAGCUGGAGUUUAGUGAAGUGUUUAAGCUGUUAAUAGUUGCAACAAUCAAAAUUACCAUAGGCUUCUCACCAUGAAGGCUCAAAGCAAUCAUAUCAGAUUUUGGGCUGUGACGUGUUAUGUGAUAUUCAGUACUUGUAAACAAUCAGAACAGAGAGAAGACAAAAGUUGGAUGCCAGGAAAGACACAGCUAUGUUUCUCGAAUAAAUAUAGAUCCGUGGAUGGCACCUGCAAUAAUGUGAGGCAUCCGGAUUGGGGAGCCAGUAAUACGCCUUUUCUGAGGCUUCUGCCUUACAAAUAUGAUGCUUUCUACGACGACGGGGCGCCCGACGGCGAGGAGUUCGCGCGCGGAGUCGCGUCGCUGGCCGAGCGAACCGCCCCGACGCCCGCCCACCCGAUCCACCUGAGCAGCCUCGCCGGGCUCUGGGCCAAGCUCCUCCAGAGCGACCUCGUCCGCCGAAACCAAACGCAUCAACACAACCUCAUCAACGCUGCCAGUGGUUAUUUAGACGCUUCCUCUUUCUACACGAAGGAGCUGAUAGAGGUCAACAAAGAUAAUGGCCAUAUCGAUCUCAACUCAUGCCGCCAAUGUUCCGAGCCUGGGAUCGGCAGUGUUUACUCAAUUUUAGUCUUGGAGCACAACAGACUGGUCAAAGCGUUGACGCCUCUGAAUCCUCAUUGGACGCCUCAAACGCUGUUUGAGGAAGCUAGGAGGAUCGUUAUUGCUGAAAUCCAACACAUCACUUACAACGAAUUUCUGCCUUUGAUUCUCGGAGAGGUCUUGACUGAGGAAUGGAAUUUGAAGCCCCUUACAAAAGGAAGAUUUAACGAAUACUCCAGCUCGAACAGGGCCGGUACCUGUUACAGUGUAGCCAACACUGUUCUUCAGAUUUUGCCUUCUCUCACUCCGUACGACCUUUUGAUGGAUGACGUAACAAAUGGACCAGCAUCGAAUUAUAUAUCCAGGGUAUCGAUGACAUUAUCUAAAAUGUUGAACAACACCGCGGAAAAGCCAAACCUCCAAUUCGCAUCAGCGGAGGACAUCACACGUAUGAUAAUCGAGCGGCGGUCGAACCAUCUACCCGGAUACGUGAAAUGGCUGAGCACUUGCUCGAACGAAUCCGAGACACUGGCGACGAGCUUCGACCAAUUGACUCACAUGAGCCGGGAUAAUCAACAGUUCUUGGAACAAAUGUACAAGAACGGUGUAAAUGUAAUCGAUCUAAUUGCUGGUGGAGUCUUGGAACAGCCUGUAACUGGCGGAAUCGUAGGUCCAACUUUUGGUUGCCUUUUGGCGAAGCAAUUCACCAUUCUUCGAGACAGUGACAGGUUUUGGUAUGAGAAUGAUCUACCACCAGCAACUUUUAGCAAAGCCCAGCUGACAGAGCUUCGAAAGGUGACUAUGAGCAACUUGAUCUGCGCCAACAUCCCGAACAUGUCCGCCGUCCAGCCGCGAGCUUUCGUGCGCCCGGAUACCUACUUGAACGCCCAAAUCGCGUGCGACCAGUACCCGCUCUUAGAGGUCGACGCAUGGCUCCACAAAGAAUCAGAUGAGGAUCUACAACUGACUCCGCAGGCGAUUAAGCAGGCAAUCAGAGCUGCAGAACUUGACGUCAGCAGACGCAUGGCAACUGAAUUUAUGGCUUACUCUAAAAAUAAUCAUGUAGACCCGAAAUCUCCAAUUGGUAUCCAAGCUGCUUUUUCGAAACCAAAAGAAGAAUCCUUGAGACUGGCUAAUCAAUCAAUCUUGCUUGAGUAUGCCUCAAGAGAAAUCAUGAAUACCCUUGAGAAAUCGAUGCGGAAAAGAAGGAGGCGACAAACCAUCGACGGAGACAAUUUCCUCAGCUUUUCUGACCCAACCGUGAAAGAAUUUCUGCAGGAGAUUGACCUCACCGGCGUAAUACCACCCUCAGGAGGUCACCGAGGUCAUGACCCAGUCAACGACUGUCCAUUAGAAACAGAAGCGUGUGACCCGACCUACCCUUACAGAAGUAUCUCUGGGUAUUGUAACAACCUGGAAAGACCUAACAUGGGAAAAGCUAUCACUACAUUUGCUAGACUUUUGCCACCAGUUUACGAAGAUGGCAUUUCAUCCCCUCGACAAACCUCAGUGACAGGACAACCCCUGCCCACACCUCGUCUAGUCAGUGCCAUGUGCCAUCCCGAUGUGAGCCAUCUCCAUGGACGCUACACCUUGAUGGUUAUGCAGUUUGCUCAGUUCGUUGAUCACGAUCUUACUUUCACGCCGAACAUUAGAGGUUUCUUCUCAUCGAUCCCCGACUGCCGUCCCUGCGACAGCCCUCUGACCGUCCACCCCGAGUGCAUGCCGAUCCACAUCCCGAACGGCGACCCGUUCUAUCCACCGGUCAACCCUGCGACCGGUCAGAAGAUGUGUCUCCCGUUCAUGCGAUCCCUCUCGGGACAACAGCGAUUGGGCGCCCGCGAGCAGAUCAACCAGAACUCCGCCUACCUGGACGCCUCGCAGGUCUACGGCACGACCACGUGCGAGGCCCGCGUCCUUCGCGGCUACAACGGCAGGCUCAACGUCACAGUCCCUAUCAACGGUGGAAAGGAUCUCCUUCCCAAUUCGCCCUCGCACCCUGAAUGCAAAGCUGCGUCUGGAUACUGUUUCAUUGCUGGUGACGGACGAGCGAGUGAACAACCCGGUCUGACGGUUAUUCACACGGUAUUCAUGCGAGAGCACAACCGGAUCGCGGACGCUCUGCACCGGAUCAACCCUCACUGGGACGACGAGAAGCUCUACCAAGAGGCCCGAAAAAUCCACAUCGCCGAGUACCAGCACAUCCUAUACAACGAGUUCCUCCCCCGAAUCCUCGGAUGGAACGCCGUCAAUCUCUACGGCCUCAAACUCGGGUCCCAGGGAUACUUCAAAGGUUACACAGGUCAGUGCAACCCGACGAUCGUUACCGAGUUCGCGGCGGCGGCCUACCGAAUCGGGCACAGUCUCCUGCGACCGCACAUCCCGCGCAUGUCCAGCGGGUUCCAGCCCAUGGAGCCGGCCAUCCUCCUCCGCGACUUCUUCUUCAAGCCGGACAUCGUCUACAAACCGGGCAUGGUCGACGAGAUCGUCAGGGGGCUCUCGGCCACCCCCAUGGAGAACCUCGACCAGUUCAUCACCGGCGAGAUCACCAACCACCUCUUCGAGGAUCGCCGUCAUCCUUUCUCGGGGAUGGACUUGCCUGCGCUCAACGUUCAGAGAGCUCGUGAUCACGGCAUCCCCUCGUACAACGAGUACAGAGCCCUGUGUAACCUGAAGAGGGCUUCUAGCUGGGAUGAUCUGGCCCGAGAGAUCCCCGGUGAGGUUAUCGCAAGAUGGAAGAGGAUAUACGCUAGCGUUGACGACAUCGAUCUCUUCCCCGGAGGUAUCAGCGAACGACCUGUCAAGGGAGGUCUCGUCGGACCAACCUUUGCCUGCAUCAUUGGACUUCAGUUCAGACAGGCCCGAAAAUGUGACAGAUUCUGGUACGAAAAUGACAACCACGUCGUCAGGUUUACGGAAUCGCAACUUGCCGAGAUUCGAAAAGCCACCUUGUCUAAAAUUUUCUGCGAUAACUUGGACUACCCUCACGAGAUGCAGCGAGCUAUCUUCGAUCAGCCAAAUGAUUUCUUGAACCCACGAGUACCAUGCCACUCAAUGCCGUCCAUCGACUUGAACGCGUGGAGAGAAAAUGUUCAAGGCUGCAACAUUGCCGGAAGGACAGUGCCGGUCGGUCAGUCGAUGCUGCCAUCACCUUGCACGAGCUGUAUUUGCACGAAUGAAGGGCCUCAAUGCGCGUCCCUGCGCGUGACGGACUGCUCGCAGCUGCUCCACGAGGCCGGCAAGAGCGCCAUCCUCCGCGACGACGUCUGCUCGGCCCAGUGCGCGAGCUUCCUCGGGGAGUCGGCGCCCCCCUCGGCGAGGGGCAACUUCGGCGACUCCGCCGCCUCCUUCGACGACCUCAUCUCCAUCACGACCGUGCGCCCUGUCUUCCCGCCCAAGGCCCGCGAGUUCGUGCCGCCCUCUAGUCUCAUCCCCCCGCCGGCCCUCUCCGCCCUCCCCCCCAGCCCCCUCGUCCGGAGCCGCCCCCGCCCCAGUCUCCGCAACCUCCGGCUCAGCGAGAUCGCGGCGGCCGUCGUCGGCUGAACCCUCGGUGAUCUUGUCCAAGGUGACGUCAUUCAUGUUGACAGAAAGGAAUCCUCCCACACGUAGAAAUCACACGGCGGCACCUGUCAUAACGGAAUCAAGGAAAGUCCGUUGAAUGCAGGUUUCCGUUAUGGGUGAUUGUUGAAAUUGUGUGUGAGUUGAUCGGGUAAGACAAGAUAAAACACGAUUCAGGAAUCAUUGAGAAAAAGUAUGGUAAUAUCUACUAAAAGUCUACUUGAUUUUUUACACAGUGAUACUAUUUAGUGAAAAUAACCAGAAUUAUAAUAGUAUUUACCAGAACUCUGCUGAUAGUGACCAUAAUAUGGUAAAUGCUACCAUAAAGCCUGGUGUUUCUUACCAUACUCGGAUCACUGUGCCAAAGUAUGGUGAAACCUACCAUACUUUUUUUCCAGGAAUGGAGCUGUGUGAUUGGUCAGCUUUAUCUCUUAUUCUGCCGUGCUGAGGAGGAACAUUUGAGAGU